AUGUCUAGCUACUGGGUUUAUAAGCAUGGAUAUGUCACAUUUUCCUCCUUGCCGCUGCCGGACCACUGUUGCCACGUGGAAGAACUGAAGGAGUAUGCUGAUGAUGACAAAAAGUCCUUGAGCAUACCCAUUGAGUACAAGCAAGGUGGAAAGUUAUGCUCAGUGUGUUAUGUACGAUGCAAACUAAGCGAACUUGUAGCACAAAUGGCAGUUGGCAACCUGAUAUGUCGUGGCCAAUUAAUUGAUUGCGACGAUGCAUGGGACUUUGACCAGACUCUGUACGACUCCACGACUAGUACCGCUUGGGAUAUCGGUAUCGAGUUGGUUGGGCAGAGAGCGAAGCUUCACCACACUGAUGCAGUGCAUGGGGCUGGAUCACAGGAUUUUGAUGAUGUUCUGCCGCGGAUCGGCAGCUGGGGACGCUACCAAAAGUUGUUAUUCUGGCUAGUGUGUAUCCCUGCAUGCAUUCCGUGUGCAUUCCAGGGAUAUGUCACCAUUUUCCUCCUUGCCGUGCCGGACCACUGGUGCCACGUGGAAGAACUGAAGGAGUAUGCUGAUGAUGACAAAAAGUCCUUGAGCAUACCCAUUGAGUACAAGCAAGGAGUGGAAAGUUAUGCUCAGUGUGUUAUGUACGAUGCAAACUACAGCGAACUUGUAGCACAAAAUGGCAGUUGGCAACCUGAUAUGUCGUGGCCAAUUAUUGAUUGCAACGAUGCAUGGGACUUUGACCAGACUCUGUACGACUCCACAACCAGUACCGCCUGGGAUAUUGUUUGUGAUCGCGCUUGGAUAACGCCCCUGGUCUUCUCAAUCAUCUCUCUCGGGAACUUGUGUGGAAAUUACAUCUUUGGAUUCCUACAGGACAGACUCGGACGAAAACUUUCAUUCUUCAUAUGCCUCACACUGCAGCUUGUUGCUGCUGUUGCCUCGGCUUUCGCACCGGAACCAAUCAGCUUUACUUUCUUCCGCUUCCUGGUCGGCCUCACGAUCCCUGCAAUAUUCACUAUUCCAUUCGUGAUAGGUAUCGAGUUGGUUGGGCCAGAGAAGCGAAGCUUCACCACACUGAUGCAGUGCAUGGCGUAUUCAGUCGGCUUGUGUCUACUACCCGGAGUUGCAUACCUAGUGCGUGAAUGGAGACAUCUCGCUCUCGCUACUUCCCUGCCGUUUGCAAUUUUUUAUGUGUACUGGUUCUUUAUGCCUGAGUCGGCCCGGUGGUUGAUGGCAAAUAAUAAAGUAGCUGAGGCCGAGAGAUUAGUGCAAAAAAUUGCCAAAGUUAAUGGUAAAGAAAUACCGGUAAACAUACUUUCGGAGAACUUAAACCCUAAAGAAGACACAGCAGGCAUAGAUGAUGGAAAUGAGGAAGCGCCACAAACGGCCAGAAAAUACAACUUCAGGGACUUGUUCAGGACUAAGAAUCUACGAAACAAGACCUUACUAAUUUCGUUCAUUUGGUUCGCAAACUCUACAGUGUACGUGGGUCUAAACCUGUACAUUCCAUUACUCGGAAGCUCGGAUUAUCUGAACAUGCUUCUGUCAGCCCUGGCAGAGAUGCUAGGAUACCCGUUUCUGUGGCUCGUCCUAGAUCGCUGGGGACGUCGCGGCCCGCUCUGCCUGGCCAUGGUCGUUUCUGGCGUGGCCUGUAUCACGACAGUGCUUGUGCCGCUGGACGACGACCAUCUAUGGAUAACUAUAAUGUUGACAGUCAUCGGAAAGUUCGGCAUAUCUGCGUCGUUUGUUGACAUAUACCUAAUCGCGGGAGAAGUGUACCCGACAGUGGUGCGUGGUCUGGGCACCGGUUUUAGUCAAUUCGUUGCAGCGCUGGGCACGAUAGCAGUGCCUUAUGUCGUCUACAUAGGUAAAGACUAUCAGACUUUGCCUGCGUUCAUUAUGGGGGCUCUUGCGCUCACGGCUGGUGUGCUCGGGCUAGGACUGCCUGAGACCUUGAACCUGCCACUUCCAGCAACGAUCGAAGAGGCUGAAAAUCGCAAGGCCGAGUUGCCCUUUGUGGGUUGUCUGUCGAAGACUGUCCACAUCAACAGAGCUGGAAGUUCGCCUCCAAUAGAGGAAAAUUACGAUGUCAUUGGAAGUUUUAAUGUCCUUACGAGCAGUGCGAGAACUGAUAUAACUGUUUUGUGAUAUUUUGUCUUGUAAAAACGAGCAGUUUCAUUUAUGAUAACAUAGUCAGAUGUAGCUAGAGGAACAGUAAAAACGGUUAAUCUGUAUUUCUGUCUGUCAACAAUACGACCACAAAUCACAGUGUGGUUGCAUGAGGAUGUAAUAUUUGGCAUGUAAAUGGCAAUUCAAAUAUACACUGGCAGGUCAGAACUUGAGAAUCAAAGAUUAACAACCACCAGGAUCAAAUAACAAAAUUUUUAUAUUUUACUUGACUUGGUAAUAUCUCCUACUUGUGAGUUCAUCUAUGUUAAAGAAAUGCAUUUGACUCAUUGUACUCAGUGUAAUUGCUUUACAAUUCUUUAAAAAAAUCAUCGAUCAUUCAGUGUGUAACUGUACGUGUGAACCGGUUAUCUAAUUUAAUUAUUAUUUGCCGUUUAUUCAUUACAAAAUUGUAUAUAUAUAUAUAUAUAUAUAUAUAUAUGAUAU